GGAACAGCAUGUAACUGCGAUCGGGGUAUAAAUACCUCGAGCUUCGCAUCGCCGACGAGCAUCGCCAUGUCGUAUCGGCUUAUCGAAGCGAGGUUCCAAAUCUUGGACGAGGCCGUGGCACGUCUCGAGAGGUCCAAGAGUACGAAACUGAACGCAUCUGCACGACUGCGCGGCGCCGUGCGCAUCAACCCGCAGGAUGUCGCGACGUGGAUGAAGCCCAAUCGUCCACGGUCAAGUUCGUGUGCCGCAGCCCCGCCGUCCUCCGAGAGCACUCCAAGCACCGCCACAACAUCUGGAGGCGACUGCUCGGCGCCGAGCUACAAUCAAACGUCGCACGACGUGCACUUGCACCUUCGUCGAAGUACCCUCCUCAGUCGCCAGGCCAAGCGGGAGAUUCAUCCGCUCAUCGUCCGUCCGGCCCCGGCCACGCAUGACUGGGGACAUCCUCAUCAAGAAAACUACCAGCACAUCCAAGAAAACGACGUCAUGGUCGACCCAAAGGAGGCCAUGGUGCAUCGCGCCGCCCACGACACGUGGGAGCAUAUCAACCAAGACAUUCACGCGUCGACUGGGAUCGACGUGUUCGCUGCAACGACAUCUCCAACCCGUCACGUCAAAGCUGCCCCCGCGGCGAGCCCACCAACGCGGCAACCGACAUCGGCAGCGUUGGCUACGCCUGCGCUUCCCCGCAGCCCCAUGUCGGCUCGCACCAGACGCAAUCCAGCCGACGGUAUCGACGGCCACGACGAACACUCGGACGAUGAAGGUCACGCGUACACUGGACAGAGGACUCAACCAGGCAACAACAACUCCGGGCUGCCACGGCACCAACACCGUUCGCCGACGCGCGCGCGAGGCCGCCUAGUCAGUCAAUCGCGGAUCGUGCAGCCACCAUCGACUCCUCGAGACUGGUUCAGUCGGCAUGAACCUCAAAAGACCGCCGCAGCAUGUGCAGAAAUGCCGCAUAGCAACCGGCGUCGCCGCGACACCAAACUCCGACGCCAGACUGGCACGUCACCCAGCAGCGCCCCACCGCACCCUCCUCGAGGCAGCGACGACCCAGCAUACUACUACUUGGAGAUUCGCCUCGAGCAUGCCACGUCGCUGGCUGGGUGGACCUUCCGCGUGAUCGUGACGGAUACGACGCAUCCGUUGCAGCCCGUCGCACUCUUCAACCACAUGCAGUGCGACACCUCCAACUGCAUCGUGUUUAACAAACCGCCGCCGACAGCGGCGGGAAAGAAAACCAAGAACUAUCCUGCAUCGACAGAGCCCAUGCUUCGAGCCACCAUCUUCGACCCGAUGCGAUACUUCGACCAUGUUUGCCGGCCGGGCGACCUCUACGGUCACGCGCUGCGCAUUCAAGUCGUGUCCGAGUGGCCAGUACAAAAGACAAUCGUCGACACCAUGGUCCACUUCACCGACACCCACAACGGGCCAACACUGUCGGCGGAAGAGCUCCUACACACGCUCCAUGGGAACAAGCCUCAACCCAUCGUUGUCGACGACGGCGCUCCCACCGAAGCUCCACCGAGCACACACGACAUGAGCGAGUACAUCUAUCGCAAUCACUUCGAAGCGGUCUACGGCACCGACACAACGGAGAACUCGUCCAAGACCCCGUUGCCCGAAAAAGUUGUGCCCGACAAGAAACCUGCCACCGUGCCAGUAAUCCAUGCCAACGACAUGGAAGCAAAGAAGCGAGAGCUUCAGCGCAUUCGUGAAACGAUGAUGGACGACAUGCUUCGCGAGCAACAGCGCCUUGCGUCCUUCCGUUGAUCCCAUCUCGUCUUUCCCCACCUGUACAUGCACUUCCAUGUGCUUUUCCAUCGAACAUGCUUCUCUCCAACGUAUUCGCGCCACAAUGGUCAAAACAAAUAAACCCGGUAAAUGAAAAAUGGGUUUUUGACUCCGCCCCCG